AAGAGCUGGUGAGCGUUUUGAAAAGCGUCGGGGGUGUUCUUUUUCGUCUUGAUUUGAAGCUUUCGUGACGACGACCGCUUGUGUUGCGAUCGAAACGUCGUGGUUUGUUUCAUUUGAUUCGAUUUCUAACCUAAGUGACUUUACCGACAGAACCGAAGAGCAUACGUGUAGUUCGCCUUCAACAGACAGGGAGGCCAUUUAUUAUUCCCCUGUCGAUUUUUGUUCUUGACAGGGAGCUACGGCAGAGGUCGCAACCUGAUACCCGUACCCGUACCCUACCCGAUACCCGUACCCUACCAGAUACCCGUACCCUACCCGAUACCCGUACCCUACCCAAUACCCAGCUACCCGUACCCGUUUGCGACCCUGGUGCGGCCGGGUAUGGGUACGGGUAGGCCGUGAGUCACUGGUGAGUCACCGUUUGUCACUCAUUUCCCAACGUCUUGUCUCUUCUCACAAUUCAAGUGCCUAGAAUCAACCCACCCGCGCCUGCAACAUGGCUUCAUCGCAGAGGUCGCAAACGGGUACCCGUACCCUACCCGAUACCCAGCUGGGUACGGGUAGAGUACGGGUACCCAUUUGCGACCCUGGUGCGGCCGGGUACGGGAAAGGAAUCAAAACCCGUUUGCGACCUCUGAUCUACGGGGUGCGGGUUGCGGAGAGCUGCUUCUCGUUCUCUGCUUCUUUCGGUGAAGUCCCGACGUUUCAGGUCGCAACACAAGCGUCCAUCUUCAGGUGAGGUGAAGACGGAUGCUCGUGUUGCGAUCGAAACGUCGUCUUCUCUUUUUGGUUAUUUCGGUAAAGUCACGUAGAAGGAGAAUAAUAAAAUAAUAAAAAUAAAACACAAUAAAAUAAUUCUCACGACGUUUCGGCCACAACGCAAGCAGCCGUCCUCAGGUGGAGAACAGGUCUGUCGGAAAGACAGCGUCUGACAGACCUAUGGGUAAUGUUAUUCUAUGGGUAGUGUUAGUCUAUGGGUAAUGUUAUUCUAUGGGUAGUGUUAGUCUAUGGGUAAUGUUAUUCUAUGGGUAGUGUUAGUCUAUGGGUAAUGUUGGUCUAUGGGUAAUGUUGGUCUAUGGGUAAUGUUAGUCCAUGGGUAAUGUUAGUCUAUGGGUAGUGUUAGUCUAUGGGUAGUGUUAGUCUCUGGGUAAUGUUAGUCUAUGGGUAAUGUUAGUCUAUGGGUAGUGUUAGUCUCUGGGUAAUGUUAGUCUAUGGGCAAUGUUAGUCUAUGCGUAAUGUUAGUCUAUGGGCAGUGUUAGUCUAUGGGCAAUGUUAGUCGAUGGGUAAUGUUAGUCUAUGGGCAAUGUUAGUCUCUGGGUAAUGUUAGUCUAUGGGUAAUGUUAGUCUAUGGGCAAUGUUAGUCUAUGGACAAUGUUAGUCUCUGGGUAAUGUUAGUCUAUGGGUAAUGUUAGUCGAUGGGUAAUGUUAGUCUCUGGGCAAUGUUAGUCGAUGGGCAAUGUCGUCCCCAGCGCUCCAGCCUGCACCGCUCCCUCGCUCUGCUCAACGGAGACCUGGAAUCAAACUCGGCGGCUUGCGCGCAGAUCCGGACCACCCUCUCCACCCUCUCCUCCACCUCCUCCACCUUCUCGUCCACCACCUCCACCUCGUCGUCGUCCCAGCGAGCGCUGCGUUCCCGCAGCCCGCGCCGCCUGCUGCAGCGCCUGGAGGCGGUGCUGGACAGCCAGGACGCGAUGGGCGGCCUCCUGGGGUGCCUCGGCCGGCAGCACCGGCAGGACGGGGCCGACGUCGCCACGGCCGCCGCCGGCGCCGGGAGGCCGCGACUGCGCCGCCAGGUGACGGAGGCCCUGGCCCUGCUGCCAGGCCUGGCGCGGCGCGCACGACGCUGCGGGGCCGCGGUGGACGGGGCCCUCGGUGGCCUCGGCGGGGGCCUCGGCGGGGGCCCGGGGGGGAGCGGCCCUCGUGCCGGCUGCUGCUGGCGUCCAGGAUGCCGCUGCUGCUGGAGCAGCGCCACCUGGAGCUGGUGGUGCGGGGCCUGGAGCAGCGGCGCAGGCUGGGACUGGGGCGACAGCGAGAGCACGGGGUGA